GCCGCUGCGACAGAGGGCAGGUGGGAUUCAGCGCCUGUGCCCGGUCUUUGCCGCCAAGGGCUGGAGGGGCCUCCUGCAACGUUGCAGCCACGGGGUCUUGGGGGAGAAGCUGGGAAUGGACUCAGUGGUCUUUGAGGAUGCGGCUGUGAACUUCAGCCAGGAUGAGUGGGCUCUGCUGGAUCCUUCCCAGAAGAAGCUGUACAGAGAUGUGAUGCAGGAAACCUUCACUAUCUUGGCUUCUGUAGGGGAAAAAUGGGAAAACCAGAACAUUGAUGAUCAGCAUAAAACCCAGAGAAGGAAUAUAAGAGGUCAUCUAGAGCAAAGACUGUGUGAAAGGAAAGAAGGUCAAUGUGCAGAAAUGUUCAGUCAGGUUCCAGUUCUUAAGUGGAACAAGAAAAGUCUUCCUGGAGUAAAAUCCUGUGAAUGCAGUGUAUGUGGAAAAGUAUACAUGUGUUAUUCAUCUCUUAAAAGGCACGUGAAAUCUCAUACUGAAUGCAAACCAUUUAAGUGUCACAAAUAUGGAGAAAAGUCAUAUGGAUGUCAGGAAUGUGGGAAAGCAUUUAGCUUUCGAAGUUCAUUUCAAAUACACGAAAGGCCUCACACUGGAGAGAAACCUUAUAAAUGUAAGCAGUGUGGGAAAGGUUUUCGUUGGUUCAGCUCCUUUCAGAUCCAUGAAAGAGCGCACAUUGGAGAGAAACCCUGUCAAUGUAAGGAAUGUGGCAAAGCCCUCGUUUACCACACAACCUAUCGAGGACAUGUGAGGAUGCACACAGGAGAAAAACCCUACAAAUGUAAAGAAUGUGGGAAAACUUUCAGUCAUCCCAGUUCAUUUCGAAACCAUGAAAGAACUCCCUCUGGAGAACAGCCCUAUGAAUGCAAACAAUGUGGAAAAGCAUUCAGAUGUUACCAAACUGUUCAGAUACAUGAAGGGACUCACACCGGAGAGAAACCUUAUCAGUAUAAGCUGUGUGGUAAAGCCCUCCAUUGUCCAACAUCCUUUCGAAGCCAAUGAAAGGGGUCACACUGGAGAAAAACCAUAUAAAUGUAGACAAUGUGGCAAAGCCUUCAGUUUUUCCAGUUCCUUUUGCAAACAUGAAUGAAUUCAUACUGGAGAAAAACCUUAUGAUUGUAAGGAACGUGGGAAAGCAUUCAUUUCUCUUCCAAGCUUUCACAGAGACAUGAUAAUGCAUACUGGAAUUGGAUCUUAUAAAUGUAAGGAAUGUGGGAAAGCCUUUGGUUGUCCCAGUUCAUUUCAAAUUCAUGAGCGAAUUCACACUGGAGAGAAACCCUAUGAAUGUAAGCAGUGUGGGAAAGCCUUCAGUUGUGCUAGUUCCUUUCGAAUGCAUGAAAGGACCCACACUGGAGAGAAACCCUACAAAUGUCAACAAUGUUGUAAAGCAUUCAAGUGCUCGUGUUAUUCCAGAUACAUAGAAAAACUCAUAAUGGACAAUAAUCUUUUGAGUGCAAAUCAUGUAGUAAAACUUUCACUUGUCUCAUUGCCCCUUGAAGGUAGAAAAGGACUCUUGCUUAGAGAAACCCUGUGAAUAAAAUUAAAAUGUGGAAAAAUUUUCACUUCUUUAGUUGUGAACACUAGAAGGGACUCAGAAAUCCUGUGACUGUAAGUGAUCACACAAUGAGGUCACAAUAAGUCAAUAGAAAAAUACAUUUAAAGAAUGUGUAAAAGCCUUCAGGUGUUCAAUUUAUCUGGAAACCAUGAAACUUGUUCUGCAGAGUGAUGUAAUGCAUUAUGGGAAUCCAUCCUUACAAAUGUAUGAAAAGACUCACUUGUGUAGAAACCUUAUAAAAGUGAAAAAUAGUGGAAAUUUAGUUUUCCAUUUCAUCGAAUGCUCAUGUGAUACUCUCACAUGUGAGAUUAUAAACUCAUGUGAAGGCAGCCAUUGGAGGGAGAGCCUAUUAAAGUAGACAAUAUUAGGAAACUGCAUGCAAAUCAUGUAUGUCCUAGAAAAUUCUUAGAAUCAAAUCAAUGUUUUUGUCAGUUGUUCAUUCUUAAAAUGUGUCUCCGGAGUGUGAAUUUCUAUCACUUUUUCAGAUGAACAUUGAGGUUGGGUAAUAAUAAGCCCUCAUUAAACAAUAGUA